UUUUGCUCUUGCCAAGAUAGAUCAACUAAGCUUGCGCAACCUAUUGUGGAAUCAAUUGACAUAGCUCAUCUUUUCCUAGUAUGUAUUAACGUGCUGCUUGCAUUAAAAGUUUUCAUUUCAUCAAUCCAACACUUUCUAGGCAUUAAGCGAUUUUGAUCUCCGAAUAAAGGUGCGUCGCUCCUAGACCUGUCCUUUCAUUCUCUUUUUCUUUUUAUCUUAUUAUGAAAAACACAACACAUAUUCCCGCUUCUCCACUAAGAUACAACGCUAUUGAUGAAUAUGAGUCUGGAAUGGAAGCAUCUGCUUCGUCCAUGGCUGAAGAUGAUGAUGAAAUUGUACAUAAAAAGCAGCAUCUGCAUAAAAAAACACAAGCACCAGCUGCAAGUGUCAGUAGUAGUACUAGUAGCGUAGAUGAAGCAGUUGCUACAAAGAUCUCAUCCAGCUCUACAAAGCCAACGCACUUGAAAGAUAUGAAAGCAUCACCACUUCGAAUUAUAACACCUUCAACAGCACGACUAUUACAAAAGACAGAUGAAGUACCAACACCUUCUUCUGGUUAUGACGGCGAUACUGAAGGGCCAUUGAAUGACGACACAAAAAACCAUUCUUAUUGAUAAUUCCCGGUAGCUAUGUUACAAACCAUUCAUUGAUGUUAAUAAAUUUAUUGUAAAUAUAUAUUAUAAUGAGUUCAUUGUGCCUUAGCAAUAGCAAUAUAGGGUAAAUUAAGCUUUGCUUCAUGUUAAACAGUUACGACUUCUUUUAUUGGUUUCAUCUUGGAAUAUUAUGACGUCCCUUCUACUUAUUAUAUCAUCGACCAUAGUAACAAUAUGAUGGUCAAUCUUCCUUCUCUUUCUCUCUGUGUCUAUUUAGCAGUUGGCGCUUUUUGUAUAUAUUCAUAGAUAAUCAUUGAUAUUUUUAUCAUAUUGAUAUGCUUAACCCAUGUAUAAGAAAUU